UCUUCACCUACUUUCUUUAUCUCUAUCACACACACACCAACCCUCAUUCAUCAUCGAAACCCAGAGAUUUUCAAUCUCAAUCUCACAUCUCUUUCUCUCUCUCUUCUAUCUUCUUUGCUCCAUCACCGCGUUCGGUCUCCGAUUUCAAUGGCAAUGGCUCUCAGACCCAUCGACAAUGCUCUCCCAACCACACCGGAAAGACCCAAAAAGCAAACCAAAGUUGCUGUUCCAAUGCAAAAGCAGCAAUCCGGCCUCGUAAAUGACGAAAAUCAGGCUCCGCUUCCUGCAACCGCGGAUUCCGCCAUCGAUUACAUCUCCUCUGAGAAUCUCAAACCCUUCUCAGACCCGGAUCUCAAGAUCCAGAGCUUGAGUGAGGGAUUGGAAUCAAAGGAUUGGGUGAAGGUGUGUGAGUCUCUGAACAAUGUUAGGCGUUUUGCACUCCACCACUCUGCUCUUCUGGCUCCUACUCUAGAGAAUGUUGUAGUGGUGCUGGUGAAGGCAAUGAAGAAUCCGAGAAGUGCCUUAAUCAAGACCUCGAUUAUGGCUUCUUCCGACAUCUUCACCGCCUUUGGUGAUGGUUUACUUGACUCCGCAUCCUCUAAUGCAUUUGACCAAUUGCUGCUGCAAUUGUUGCUCAAGGCAUCUCAAGACAAACGUUUUGUGUGUGAAGAAGCAGACAGGGCACUGAGCUCGAUGGUGCAGUCCUUGACCCCUCUUCCUCUGCUUCAGAAGCUCCGAGCUUACGCUUCCCAUGGCAACCCUAGAGUCAGGGCCAAAGCUGCCAUUUCCAUCGCAUCUUGUGUCGCCAAGAUGGGCCUUGAAGGAAUGAAGGAUUAUGGGCUGGUUUCUCUGGUGCAAAUGGCUGCAGAUUUGUUGAAUGAUAGGCUGCCUGAGGCGAGAGAAGCAGCGCGGGGAAUCGUAAUGUCGGUAUACAAUGCCUAUACAGAGAAUGAAGAGGAGAAGCUGCGGGAGAAUGAAGAGGAGAAGUUGCGGGAAAAUGAAGAGGAGAAACCGGAGAAGCAGCAGAUUUGGCUAAACUUUUGCCAGUCUAAUUUGUCAACGAUUCAUGCUCAGUCCAUGGUCAAAAUUACUUCUUCUCAGUAGAAAGGUUAGAAGAAGACGGUGGAUUAGGGUUUGGGUUUUGCUGGUGGUAGAAGCUAUAGUGGGAGUGCUCGUUUGGUUUGUGAUUCUGCUGGUAACCUUUUAGCUGCAGUUAGAGUUUGAGAGUGCUACGAAUUUACAUCUUCCAGCUUCGUCUAAAAGCUGUUUUUCCGUUGUUGAUGAAUUUCUUCGUUUAAUAAAAUUUUCGUUCUUGAUAACAUCAGAAA